GUGCAUGCAACAUGUUGCUUCGUUUUGCGCGAGAGCGCCGACUCUCUGAAAUAGAUUUUAUUUCAUAACCUGAGUCCGCGUAAUCAUUCCACCAGUUAGACCGCUUCCUGCGUUAGUUCUGUUAGUAAUAUCUUCAAAAUGAUAUCGCUACGACUCAAUCGAAUAAACAAUGUGUCAGGAAUGUUAUCAAAUGCUGUGUGUGCAAGGUCUUUUAAAACAAGUCCUGCUUGUUGGGACGAGGAAGAAGAAAAUAUCAUUCCAAUAUCGAAAAUAGAACAAAAAAUUGGUUUCAUUGGGGAUGGUAACAUGUCUCGAGCGAUUUGUCGCGGUAUCACAUCGAAAGGAUUAAUAAAUUUCAAUCAGAUUCAUGUUUCAAGUCCGUACAUAAAAAACCUUGAUAAAUGGAAGGUUUUAGGAGCUAAUGUUACAACUGAUAAUGGUUUCGUCGCAAAAGAAGCAGACGUUGUGUUUCUUGCGGUGAAACCGCAUAUAAUGACCACUGCACUGGAGAUGAUUAAAAAAAGUGAACAUUAUAAACACAUCAAGAAUAAAUUAUUUGUUUCGAUUCUUGCUGGAUUCAAACUACAAAAAUUAGAAGAAAUGUUAUCAGUUUUUGAAGGCUCAAGAGUGAUAAGAAUAAUGCCCAACACGCCUAUGAUGGUAGGACAAGGUUGUACCGCGUAUUGUCCAGGCAAAAACGUCACGGACUAUGAUAUUUCACUGGCGCGAGCCAUUUUGGAAGCGACAGGAAUGUGCCAACGCGUGCCAGAGGUGCAAAUUAAUGCCGUAACGGCCGUGUCUGGUGCAGGACCGUCUUUUGCUUACUUGUUGAUAGAAGCGCUGUCUGACGGCGGUGUCCGAAUGGGAAUGCAUCGUGACAUGGCGACCAAAUUCGCAGCACAAACAAUCCUCGGCGCGGCUACAAUGGUACUCGAAACGGGAAAACACACAGGGCAAUUGAAAGACCAAGUAUGCUCAGCUGGUGGUGCAACCAUUGCCGGUAUGCAUGAAUUAGAACGCGGUGGUGUUCGUGGAGCUAUCAUGAAUGCCGUGGAAGCAGCAGCGUUGAAAGCCGAACAACUCGGAAACCAGAAUUAAUAAUCCACCACUGCUGACUUAUUUCUGAUUAAUUUAAUAACGUAAAAGUAAUAUGUAGAUGUUCGGAGUUGUAAUGCCGCCAUCUUUAAAGUAUUAACUAGCGCCACCAGACGAGGUGGCGGGAUUAGACACUGGCCCGGUGUAUUCAACACAACGCGAUGGAUCGGUCGGAAAAUACUCCUGGCAUUUGGUCAUAAGUCGUUUAAGAGCUUGAAUGUAUUUACGCUGCGUUUCGUCGUUCAUCACAUGCGCAACAUUCUUGGAGAAAAUCUUCUCGCGUCCUGUACGUGCGUGAAUACCAACCAUAGUUACACCGAUCGGCCAGGGGGCGUUACCGAUCGCCAUUUGUAAAUAUGCGUCACUUGCCUAGUGUUACCAACAUAAAAAUUAGAGUACACAAAGUAUUAAAAGACAAUAAUUUAUACAUAAAUAUCACGUAUUUUAUAGUAAAACUUACCUUCAAAUAA